AUGUUUUUUUCAUCAAGCGACAAUAAUGUGUUUGGCCAUGUAGCACCUGGGUGGGAAAGUGUAUGUACAAAAUUCGAACAAAAUUUAACCGAUGGGCACGAUAUUGGGGCAAGCCUAUGUAUUUAUCAUCUUGGAGAAUGCGUUGUGAACUUGACCGGUGGUUGGAAAGAUGCAAAGACAAAGAAAGAACCAUACACACCAGAUACUCUUCAGCUUAUAUUUUCAACUUCAAAAGGUGUUGCAGCAGCAGCCGUGGCGUUGUGUGUAGAGAAAGAUUGGCUCGAUUAUCAAGCACCUGUAGCCAAGUACUGGCCAGAGUUCGGUAUCAAUGGAAAGGAAAACAUAUUGGUGGGCGAUCUAUUAUCUCAUCGAGCUGGUCUACCAGGUGUUGAUCAACAACUCACACUCGAUGAUGUAUUCGAUUGGAGUCGAAUAACUUCUUUGUUGGCCGAACAGAAGCCUUAUUGGAAACCUGGAUCAACACAUGGUUAUCAUGCUUUCACAAGCGGGUUUCUGGCUGGCGAACUCAUUCAGCGAGUUGAUCCACAUCACCGCUCCUAUAGUCAGUUUGUUCGUGAGGAAUUGGAUCCCGAAUUUUAUGUGGGCGUGUCUGAUGACAAAGUCGAAUCCCGCAUCGCUCCUCUUCUCUUUAAAGUAAUAGCAUUUUAA